CUUUGGCGCCGCACCGGGACGGGACCGGGACAGGGACCGGGAUCGGAACCGGGACAGGACCGGGAUCGGAACCGGGACAGGAUCGGGACAGGAUCGGGACCGGAUCGGGACCGGGGUCCCACCCGCCAUGUCCUCCAGCGGCUGCACCUUCGAGGAUCGCUGCGUGAGCGUGCUGUGCUGCCGGUUCUGCCGGCAGGUGCUGAGCUCCCGGGGGAUGCAGGCGGUGCUGCUGGCGGACACCGACACCGAUCUCUACUCCACCGACAUCCCGCCCUCGGGAACUGUCGAUUUCAUCGGAAGCUGCUACUUCACUGAAAUCUGCAAGUGCAAGCUGAAGAACAUCGCCUGCCUGAAGUGUGGGAACGUCGUUGGCUACCACGUGAUUUGUCCCUGCAAGCCCUGCCUGCUGUCCUGCAACAACGGCCACCUCUGGAUGUUCCACAGCCAGGCGGUGUUCGGCGUCGACAGGCUCGACCCCUCCGGUGUGAACGUAUUGCUCUGGGGCAACCUGCCAGAUUUGGAGGAGAGCACAGAAGAAGACACGUCCUGCGCCUCUGAGGAGGAGUACAUCAGAUGAACGUCACCUGCAGGAUCUCCCCUCCACUUGUGGCCUGCUUGGUUUGGAUUUAUUUAAUUUCACCUGAUGGCCCAUCAGAGCUCAAACAACAAGGGGGAAAAAAACCCAGGAAAUCUGGGAAAAAAAUCCCAAAAAAAGGAAUUCUUCUUGCUCUUUCCCUGUAACCCUCCCUGGACUCCAUACACCUUGGAAAUGCGAACACAGAGUGCAUUUACCGAGCUCUGUUUUGCUUUUUAUUCUUAACCCUCUACAGCUGAUAAUCCUUCUUUUCUCCUUCCCUAAAGCACUUUUCACAGAGCAAAACCUCUCAGCUGCUUUCAGCUCAAUUAAAAAAAACCCUUCAGGAAUAAUCUGCCAGGUCGGGGGAGCUCUGGAAGAGCUCGGCUCUGUGGCUCAGAGUUCUGCUGCUCUGGCUCUGUGAUCUGCUGCUCUUCGCAGCUUCUCUGCACCCCAGGGUGCUCCUGAAUGCGCCCUGGGAAGCCUCUUAGAGCCCCUCCGUCUCUAUUGUUCAAUACUUUCAGGAUUCUGUCUCCACAGAGAUCGAGUUCAUGUUUUUUCUCCCCGAUAAAACAUAAA